UGCAUGGCUACCUGUAUUGUAACUUUAAUCAAUGAUUAAAUUUUGUUGUUUUGAAUUGUACUUGGGAUUCACAGGUCAUUAUUAGUUUAUUAAUUUCUUGGAUUACUCGAAGUACUGAUCAGUGUCGGAAAUCUUGGUUUCUAUUAAAUUGUCUACAAAAACGUAAUUCAUCUCUUGAAAAAUGAACGGAAUCGUGAGGAACGCAUUGCGAGUAUCCGCCCUAAAGAGUAUCGUGUCGCCGACAAAUGCUGUAGGCACAGCUAAAAGACAAUUCACCCGUACUCUUUGGAACAUGUGCAACCGGCAUCCCACUGAAGCCGCACCUCUUACAAGCGUGAAAAUUCAGGCACCCUCAGAACUUUGUAGUUGUGGCUGUGGUUCACGCGGUGCUCAUACCAAAGCUGAGAAGGACUUAGUCGAAUUCCUUGCUGAGGAAAUCGUUGCAGAGAAAAAAGCUCAAAAACUUAGGACUAUCCCCACUGAAGUCGAUGGAUUUAAAGUUUCCUUGGACGGAGCUGAAGUUACUCUGACCAAGCAGCAGGAUGGUGAAACUAUUAAAAUUAACUUCAACGUCAACCAUACUGUUGACACUGAUGCAGAGCCAGAGAUUGAUCCAAAUGAUGAUAAACCAGAUAUUGGAGACAUGAAGAGUAAACCAAAUUUCGAAGUAGAUAUUAUUAGGGGAAAGCAGACUUUAGGAUUCACAUGUUCUUUUAAUAAUGAGCCAGGAGCAUCUGGUGCUGAUGAUAAUUACAAUGAUAUCUUUGGUAUCGAUGAAAUUACCUUGUAUGAAGGUGAACACUCUGAUAAAGUAUACGCCGUUGCUGGAGAAGUUGUAGAUGCAUAUCUAUACGAUUUGCUGAUGAAUUAUCUGGAAGAGAAGGGAAUCUCUAAUGAAUUUGGUGAGAAGCUUAUCGAAUUGAGUACAAGUUACGAGCACUCAGCAUACAUUAGCUUACUAGAAGGACUUUCCAAAUUUACUUCCUCGAAGUAAUGAAACUUCAGUCAUCACGUCACUCUGUUGGUCGGUUUCACUGUACCGUUCUAUACAGUAGUUCUGUAUAUCUUUAGAUUGUAAGCCUUGUUAAUAAACACAAAUAAAAUAAAAAUUAUAAGCGAUAAAUUCAUUAA